ACACAUCAGUAACCAAUCAAUUCGUGGUAAUUUCACGUCAGAAAUCCGGCAUGAAUAAUAAGAUUUCUUUUCAGAAGCGUUUGAAAUAUUAUCAAGAAGAAGAUGGUAUAUAAAUUUCAUCUUAGGUCACGAUCACCACUUUGAAGCUCGUUCUGGACUCGUAAGCAGGAGGUCUUUGGUUUUAAACUUGUCUCCGAUCAGUUUUGUUGAGAUUCGAACUAAGGAUGGCGUUGCAAGGGAGUCUUCCUCCAUACGGCACGUUCCUGACAGCGGAACCUGGUCGUCUGACUACGGAGGAUCUCCGGCGUGGUGUGGUCGGUAUGCUCCCGUGUACUUCACGGGCAUGCGACCUGACCCACCCACUUCUCACUAUUCCUCAAGGCUAUUCGGGCAAACUAUUCGGUCGGCUUUACGAGCCCUCGCCUUCCCGUACCGGGGCGAUAGGGGGCAGCAAACCGAAGGUAGCCACUCCAGCCGUAGUAGAGAAGAUAGAGAGUUAUAAACACGACAACCCAACAAUCUUCGCUUGGGAAAUCAGAGAUAAACUCGUGGCAGAUGGAGUUUGUACAACAUCGACAGUACCGAGUGUGAGUUCCAUCAACCGGAUAUUACGUAAUAGGGCUGCGGAGCGAGCUGCAGCGGAGUACGCACGCGCAACCGAACAGGCUUAUCUCCGCGCGUAUCCGGAGUUAUGGUCCGGAUGCCAUGGAUCCCAACUUUUCAAUCCCAUGUCCAUGGCUCAAGCUCUGAGAGCAGAUAAAAUGAAGAGAACGCCAUCUACAUCAGAAACCAGUCAUUCUCCUCCUGGGAUUUCGGGUCAGAGAGGAUGUUGUUCUGUAUCUCCCCCUUCUUCUAUCGAUGACAGUUUCAGAUCGAAGGAAGCAGAAUCAAUACCGUCGAAUACCGAAUCAAGGGAGCCGAGUCAGAGCGUAAUCGACAAUGACAAGAUUGACGAUUCCACAUCCGAAGUCGCAUUCGUUCCAUCAUCUUCAUCUUUACACCUGCCUUCAUCGUCGUCGCUUGACCCGUCAUCUUCGCCUUCAUCGUCGUCGUCGUUCUCGAUGGAUGAUUUCGUCAAUAUGAGUCUCCUUGAUUGUCACAAUGCAGCUGCUGCAGCAGCGGCUACUGAGAUGUCAAUGGCGGCUGCGGCGGCUUCGGCAGAACGCAAGAAACUUAGACGCAGCCGCACGACGUUUACGCAAAAUCAACUGGCUGUGUUGGAGAGCGAGUUCGAAAAGACACACUACCCCUGCGUGAAUACGAGAGAGGAGCUGGCGUCCAAGACUAGCCUCUCGGAAGCCAGGGUUUGGUUCUCGAACCGUCGCGCAAAAUGGCGCCGUCACAAGAAAGUGCCCUCUACGGCCAUCCCUCACCAGGUCUCGCUCGCACAUCCCAGCCUUCGGAUGCCACUGUCUUCGUCAUCACCAUCCGUGGCAGCGGUGGGAUUGAUAUCCCAUCCCUACUACCAAUUCUACAGCGCCCUCCAGCGACCAGAAUCCUUCAGGCCUAUUGAGCUGGGAGGUUCCAAACUGCUCAAGUCUUCCCGUGUGACGUCAGCCUUCCAACCUGUGACGUCAGAUCUUGUUCGACAGUCCCCCUCGUCUUCCUAAACUCUUUGAUCUUCCAGUAAAAGAAAGAAAGUUGAAAAGUCUUGUAAGCAUUUUUUUAAAUGCUACCCAGGGAGGGGAGAAAGUGUAUACAUUGUGUACAGGCAUGCCAGAAUCUCGGGAUGGUUAUAAUAUCCGUGAAGCGCUUAAUUUGAGAGGUCGUUUCCGAUAUAAAAGCAGAUUGUUAUUAAUACUAUUAAAGUGCAAUUUAUACACAUUUUCUUGUAAAUGGUUAGGAACUGUGAUUCGCUGCAUAUUUAUGACGUGAGGGUAUUUUAUUUUUAUUUUAAGCCUACAUUAUGAAGACAAAUUUUCAAAGACUUUGUUUGUGCAGAUAAUGAAGAAAGCAUGCCUGUAGAAUGGCAUGUACAGGUGACAGUAUAAUUGGUGAAGGGGAGAAAUAUCUGGACUUUGAACCACAAGGUCCCAGGUUCAAUGUACGUUGGUAACACUCACGUCCUUUGACAGGGCGUUUAUCUACACUUGCCACUCUCCACCCAAGUAUAGGAAAUGGGCACCUCGUCGGAAAUUCCUCGACUGCCAUAGCGUCUGAUCAGGGUAGCCGUGACAAAGCCGGCGUAAUGGUAUAGAGGGACACCGUGUCAUAUGUUUUUGAAUCCAUGAUUUCGUUUAUUUACGCUUUCGAAUGUUCUUCAUUAUUUCCCUAGGGAGUGAUGAUAGGCCUGCUGUGGGAGUGCUUCAGCAUCCCAAGAAUUUUCUGGAGUGCUGCACCCCCUGGAAAUUUGGUAUACGUGACAAAAUGGAGAAAUAUUACCAUAUUGACAUACAUUUUUUUGGAUAGAAUCCCUGUUUUUCUUUGCUUGUCAAAUUUCUUGGGACAAAAAUGAGUUUCAUUCUUUUUUGUAGUGACACGCACCUCUUUUGUUAUCUUUUUUUUGGGGGGGGUUGUCAAAUUUAUAUCAGUACAAAAGUAAAAAAAUCGUUCCCAGAUCCAUGUCCUUCAAGACAGACAUUCAAAAGCAGUUGUGUAUAGAAACAGGCAAGACAUUUGGCGGGAGACUUUCAUACUUUAUACAUUCCAUCUAUCUAUUACAUCUCCAAGUCUCCAAAUGCACGUUUUAAUGUAUAUUUCAAUACCUAAACGUAUAUAGGCCUACUUCAUUAGAAUGAAAAUCAGUCUCUCAAGAUAUCCCAUUGAAGGUAUAUUGAUAAUGUUUGUGCAAUUGGGACAGGAUGUAAAAUAGACUUAUGAUAUUUUCAUAGUAACAGUGAUGAUCGGGUAAAAGUUAUUUCUGUGUGCGUUGAAAAUAAGUUUCUAAUAAAUCAUGCUAAGUGUUAUUCCAUUAAUAAAUUUCAAUAAUGGAUGAGUUGUUCAUCAUG